AUGGAUACAAUGCCACAGUAUUAUCCAACUGACAUGUCUAUGAGUAAAGAACCGUCGUCACAGCUUUCGCCAAAUUUCGUACAACCAGAAUUAUCUCAGUUACAGACCUAUACACCUAUGACUGAUACUGGGUACCCCUCAGAUCAAUUUGGAAUGCAAGGUUCUGUGCCUGUCUCAGAACCUCCUCCUUAUGAUGAAUUCACUGGAUACAAUUGGGUUCCCGCGGAAAUGGCUCCACUUUUUCCUUCUAAUUUUGAUAAUUUUGGUCGGCAUCCCCUUUUGGAUUCAAAUGAUGAGGAUUUUAUAUUUAGAAGUUUCCUUGAUAAUAUUGAAGGAAAUCCAACUUAUAUUUUUAACCCAACACUUCCAAUAAAUAUGCCUACAUAUCCUUCUUCUUCUUCUUCGGAUGGUAUAAGUAAUUCUAUGAAUCCUACUUAUGAUGAUUAUCCUCAAAAUCAUCCUCAAGAUAUUUUGGGUCGUCAUCAAAUUGAUUCAUCAAAUUCGACAACUCUAUCUCCUCGAACUUCAAAUAUUACUAUUUCAUCACCUAAACAUUCUCCUCAUGAUAUUAGACAAUCAUCAUCACAAUUAAUGUCUCCAAUUUCUGAUGAUAAAGAUAAGCCUGUGACAUCAUCUAAAAAACGUAAACCGGAAGAUGAUGAUAAUAAGAAUAACAGGCGCCGGCCGUCUAACCCUCGAUUAAGUCCGAUAAAUACAAAACUUGCUAUGACUCAAUCUAAUAGUUCUACUUCAAGUCCUAAACCACUUUCUCCAUCUAUGCAAUUAACCCCUAAUAGAGAAUUAUCAAAAAAUGAAGAUGAAAUUUCUUUAAGUAAUCUUGCUGAAUCAGAAUCAAAUGAUAAUGGAAAUAAUACUGAUGAUUACGUAGAAAUAAAAUCCGAAUCAAAACCAACUCCUCAAAAAUCAAGUAGGAAACCUUAUAAAGAACUUCUUACUGAAGAGGAAAAAAGAGCGAAUCAUAUCGCUUCAGAACAAAAACGAAGAAAUACAAUUCGUGCAGGUUUUAAAGAAUUAACAGACAUUAUACCUACGCUCAAGAAUGUUAAUAAUUCAAAGAGCACAAUAUUAUUUAAAGCUGUGGAUUAUAUCAAGUAUUUAGAAAGAAGAAAUCGAAAUUUAAAAGAACGUGCUGGUCUAUUGGAAAUGCGUGUUGAAAUGGAAAUGAGACAAGGAAAACGAUAUCACCAUCAUGGUGGAUUUGGUCCAGCAAUGGGUUUUGGUCAUCAGCGUGUUGGUCCAAUGCAAAUGGGUACAGGAUAUGGUGUAAUGCCUAAUUCAUUGAAUGGAAUGAAUAGUAUGCAGAUUCAGGGUCAUCCUCCUCCACAAACUCAUGUAAUUGCUGCUCCACCAAUGCAAAACAUAUAUUUUGUUUCUGCUGGUGCUGACAAUCAACCUAUGACAUCACAACAACAGAUAUUGUCUGCGGGAGGUGUGGUAUCAUCUAGUGAUCCUAAAUAA